GUUCAAUACAAUCUGAAUAUCGCUAACUACUUAUGAUCAUUAAACUUUAAACAAACAUUAUGGGCUUAAUAAAGCUUAACUCGUUUAGACUAAUGACCGUUUAAAACACAUUAGUAUUAAAUAAUAAGCAUGCAAACAUUAUCAAACAUUAGAUAUGACCAUGGGAGUAAAUGAGUUGUUUAUACAAUAUCGAAAUAUUCCACAAAGUGAAAGGGAUUAUAUUCUGGAAAAUGUCUCAAAGUCAGAGAAAACGUACGUAUACACAUACAUAGGCUAAGGUGGUUUACGUUCAAUAAUCAAUCGACAUGUCCCGAGCGUCGAAAGAAUUCGACAAGAGCGGGGUUAAUCGACAUAAAGGCCCAGCCUCAGAAACGGCAGGUAAAGUCGUUCAGCAAUUUCUGGAGGCUUUGAAAAAGAACCUGGAACCAGCCAAGGCGGGAGGAGUUCUCGGGAAGACAACAAAAGAUGACGUCAUGAGCUGGGUGGAUGAAAAUGAACUUGACCUCAUGCAUCACGUGAUCAUUCUGAACCGGGGCGAGGCUGUCGAGUACCUUCUGAAGCAAGGAUACUUUCAGGCCCCGUUCGUGCCCCGUAGCAACCUGUACCCGCACCUGGCAUGUCUGCUGGGUCACCGGACGUGCCUGAACAUCAUCCUGCAGUACCGGAAGGACGACAACCGACCCUUCACUAAACUCACAUACAGGCUGGACGGCGCUGAUGCGACAGACGGGACACGAGAAAUGACGCCGCUAGACGUCGCUGCGGAGGCGGGCCAGCUGGCAUGUGUGAAGCAGAUUCUAGACCAGUGCGUCAUCAAGGAACAUCCGGCGUUCGCAAAGUACCCGUAUGUAGCGCUCGCAUGCCUCGCUCAGUCACAGGUUGCCGUCAGCUUUAUAAUCAAGAAGGACAAACCUGGCUUGGAGGAUAUCAAGAAAGCGAUCGAGGUUUCUCUCAAGAAAGCAAGCGCCGAUUGUUUAGACAUUCUGCUCCAAAUGAAGUUUAAAACAGACGACAUGUUUGGAAAAAGGAACUUUUUCCACAUGUUGUUUACGUUCAGCAAUGCAGCAGAUUUCGGAGCUGACGGCUAUCGUCGCUUACAAGAUGUGACGAAAGUAUUGAUACGUCACAAAUAUGACGUCAACAAUGCUUCGCCCCCUAAUACGUAUCCGAUGUACAGUCUUAUCAGGAAUUCGCUGUGCAUUCACGAUUAUACGAACACGAGGCAUUAUUUGUCAGCUCUCCGAAUGCUUCUUGAGGCUGGAGCGAACCCGAACUUUGAUGAAGUUGCGAAUGAAAAGAAACUCAAUGAUAAAGGAAUCAAAUCUGUUCACGAUAGGGUGGCAUACAGCUCCGCCAUGAACUGUUUAUUUGAAACGACGGAGUUUUACUCCGAGUAUCUACAAUCAAACAAUUUGGCAUCCCAGUUCGUGGUCCAUGUCUCGGAGGUUCUAGUUCAUGGUGGGGUAAAGCUCGAGACCCAAUGGAAACUGGGGGAUCAAGACUGCAAACAGAUCGGCACAGUUUUGCACCAGUUGGCGAUGUCGAGCGUCAAACUUGGCGUCAACACGGACACAUUUAAAUAUUUCCUUAGGCAGGGUGCGGAUCCAAACGCCAAGAUGGAGAACGGCAAAUAUGUGAUAAAUACGUUUUUCGAUACGUUGUACAAGAGUUUGAAGGAGCUCAGUCUCAGACAGACGCCAAAAGACCAUACUAAUGACGUCACAACUAUUUUGUCAUUGUCGUUGUUUAUGACUCGCGCAUGCGUAAUUAAUACAUUGAAAAUACUGAAGAAGGAUUAUUCUCGGAAUCCUCCACAUCAUUUCAAGAAGUAUUACGAAAUGGCAGAUGACCAGUUACAGGAAAGGGUCAAUGAAGUAUGGCCCCUAAAACGGAUUUGCAGGGCUCUUAUCUGGGAUCUAUGUCAGAGGGACGCGGUUCGAGUGAAAUCUCUUCCGACUAACAUUGAAUCAAGAACAUAUAUUUUGCCCAGCAUUUAAAAAACAUAGACGAAUUUGUCUUACAGGCCACCGUAUCGGUGUGGCUAUACACCAUUUGUUUGUAUCCUAUGGAAACACACGAUCGUAAUAUUUAUUAAAGCCGGAAUAUUAUUCAAAACAUUAAGACAAGUUACAACCUAUCGGGUAAAAGACAAAAUUUAAAAACAUGUAAAUGAUGAGGAAUUAGUAUUCGUUCUAGAUCGAGCCCUGAGGCGUAAACUAUGUUGGUUUCUGGAUUUCUUACAUUCCCUAAAUCACGUUCAUUUUUAGUUUUGGUUGUUCAUAUAUUCGUCUGAUACUUUGUUGAAACUAUUAGAUGUUGUUGUUGUUAUUGUUUCAAUAUGCGUUUUAUCUUCAAAACAUCAAUUCAAAAACAAUGCUUAUGAAAACUUUGUUUAUGAAAACUAUGUUUGUGGAUCUUUCCAAUUUCUAAUGUAGAUCUAGUUUGAGAUUCUUCACUUAAUAAAUGCGCCUACUCCCUGAUCAGCGGACUGCACAGGCUAAUCUGGGACGACAUUUUACGCACAUGCAUAAAACCCCCUAUUCACAGAGCGAGGCUCAAAUAAAACAUACCUUCCUUCCCGAAUGUGUCCGGUCAUUUAUCUGGACCAAACAUGGUCCAGCCCAAGUGAAGAAUUUAGUAAAACCUGCCUUCCUUCCCGAAUGUGUGUGAUCGUGUAACACAGACCACACAUGGUUCAGCCCUUGUCAAACAUUUAGUAAAACCUACCUUUCUGUCUUCCCGAAUGUGUUCGGUCAUGUAACCUAGACAAAACAUGGUUCAGUCAUGGUUCAGUCUUAGUGAGGAAUUUACUAAAACCUUCCUUCCUUCCUUCCUUCCUUCCUUCCUUCCUUCCUUCCUUCCUUCCUUCCUUCCUUCCUUCCUUCCUUCCUUCCUUCCUUCCUUCCUUCCUUCCUUCCUUCCUUCCUUCCUUCCUUCCUUCCUUCCUUCCUUCCUUCCUUCCUUCCUUCCUUCCUUCCUCCCUCCCUACCUUCUUUCCUUCCCGAAUGUGUCCGGUCAUGUAACCUAGACCCAACAUUGUUCAGCCCUAGCGAAGAACUAAGUAAAACCUUCCUUACUUCCUUCCUAAAUGUGUCUGGUAGUGUAACCUAGACCAAACAUGGUUCAGCCCUAGUGAAGAGUUAAGUAAAACCUAUCUUCCUUCUGUCCGGUCAUGUUAUCUCGACCAAACUCGGUAAUAUAAAAAUGGUUUGUCAUUGUAGCUAAAUGUACAUGAAUGCUAUUCUUAUAUUAAAUUUGAAUGAACAAUAUCUUAGUUGGGGUUGUAUUAUUGGAUACACCAACUUUUUGACACUCCACCAAUAUUGAGCUGAUUUUUUAAUGGGCAAUAUUUGGUUCCAAAGAAUAAAUCCUGUAAAAAUG